UUAAGUCUAACCAUAUUUAACCAUGUAUUAAUUAUUAAGGUCAGGUAGGGUAAAGUAAGAAGCAUAAUUGAAUUGACCUGGCAUUACCUGAUAAGAUAGGUGUUAUAAAAAUUAAAUUAUCAAAUUAAGAGUUAGUCGACAAGGCUUCCUUUAUCUAUCUUGGGUUUUUUUAAUCCUGCUCAAGGAUCUUUUUUUUAGACACGUGGAAUCAAGUCAGAAUGGCUGUAGCUCCCGUACUUAAGGCAAUUCCAAACAAAAGCGUCCUGUCUUAAGAAGACUUCGAGAACAGCUGGAGGUAUUGUAACACUAGUUAUUUGUUUAUAUAUUUUUAGAAAGAAUAGUUGCUGUACAUCUCUGGGAAAGUUCUUGUCAACAAUGAAAGAGCUUUGUUCUUGUGCAUUUAAAACAACUAUUUUAGCAACACAAUUUAUAAUUUGUUCUUUUCAGCGAAAGGCUAAAUGUAUGUUAAAGACAUGCUCGGUAAAAGAUUUCUUUCGUCAUAUCGAAGAGGAUUUGACCAAACGCUUUGACUUGGUUGACUUUCAUUUAACACUUGGUAUGGCAGCAUUGAAAAGUACUCUGGAUUGUUCUCGUGACUCAAAAAAACAACGGCUUACCUUUACCUUUCCGGUGCCCAUAGAGAACGAAAAGCUAAAAAUGGAAUUGAAUAAAGCAAAAGAAGCUGUUGAAAGAUACAAGCAGAUCGUAUCGAGUCAAAAGAAGACUAUACACAUUCUGAAAGAGAAAAAUUCUUCGAUAAUGCUGCAAUGUGCGGAUUUCACAAAGCUAAAGAUGUUUAAACAGCUUGGACAUUCUCGAUCGUCACUAAUGGUUGAUGCAUCGUUGUUUUCAUCGUUCUUCCAUAAUGGCGAUCCGUUUUUACAAGAACAAACGCCCACAAUUUUGACAAGUGAGGUAAUCUCCGGCCUGGCUUCCAAUGGUUCAUUUCGCAGAAAGGACCCGUGCUGUGUUUGACGAUGGAGAUUCUGUAAUUUUAAAAAGUUACUUAGCACUUGGUAAAGAGGAAACAUCUCUGCGCAACCUAGCUUAUGUUAGCCACGAAGCACGACUGCUACAGUUUGUUGGGAAUCAUCCCAAUAUUGUACAGGUCUUUGGUAUUGUACACGCCAAAGGAAAAUUUCAUUCUGUGCUUAGCUGUGAAGGGGAUAGCAGCAUAAAAAUUUUGCUGAAGCGGAAGGUAAUAUUUCCCACAGAAGACAUAAUGAAACAAAUGAUUAUUGGGCUAGCUAAAGCACUCUCUUUUUUAUUUGAUAAAGGAGUGUUACACAACAACAUAAUUCCUAAAAAUGUCAUGGUGAAAGGUAGUGACUUCACUCCGGUCAUUAUCGGGUUUUCAUUCGCAUGUCGAGUGUCUUGUGCGAAAUCUAACGUUAAAGACGUUUCAAAAAGAACUUAACCGAUCAUCAUAACGUGGCACCAGAAUUGUAUAGGGGAAGCGGCGUGCCAUACAUGACCGAUAUUUACGCGUUUGUAUUUACUGUUGCAACAAUUAUGGAAUUAAAACCUCUGAAUUUCAAAGAUGCGCUCCUUGAAAGUCGCAUUGAACGCUUUGUUUUUAAAUGCAUAGAUAAUCAUGUUGGUUUGCGAGCCCCGCAUAAUUUUUUUUCUAGAAAGGUUGAGAGGGUUUUGUAUUGUUAGGCAUGCAUACAUGUUUUAUAAUUUGCUCGAGUUAAGAAUAGUUUAUAGCAUCCCAAUUGCCUUGGAGUACGGUGUUUUGACUAUUUGUUCAAUAAGUCACGUAAAUGGAUGUUCAGGGGAGUUCAUUGCACGGUCAGCAUCUUGCGAAAGGUUUCAAUUUCAAUAGACAAACCAAAUUAGUUAUAUUUUAUGUAAAACUAUUGUAAAGUAAAACAGAAAAAAAUUAUGUUUGUAAUUUUGCAUGUGCAAUUUAGCAUUAAAUUAUAAUUUCCCUUACCAUCUCAAGUCCCCUGUACAAUUAUAUUACCCAGGCGAUUACAUUGACUCAGGGCCGUAACUGACACAAAUUUUUUUUGUUGUUGUUGAAAGGGAGAAAUUUUACCCUUUAAAUUGGUAAAAACGCAUCCUCUGCGUUUUCCUUCAUAUUUACCAUGAUUGACAAAUAUUUUAAGAGGGCUGUGGCCCCCGGCCUCCUAGGCCACAACGAUCCUGCCAGCCGAUUAGUUUUAGUUUUAUCGUUCACUACUUGAGCAGAAAGCAAUAUAAGAAACUAGCGAAGGCGCAAAAAAAAUUGUUGUUUUAAAAUAAAAAUACACGCUUUACAUUUUGUUCAAAAAAUAUCUUUUUACAU